UUAAGUUUGUUCGAAAUUCAGUGCAAUGGCUCUUAGCCUUCUUGUUACUGAUGGGCCUUGCAAUCAAAAGAUCAUCAGACGAUCAGCCAACUACCAACCUCCCAUUUGGGACUAUGACUAUGUGCAGUCACUUAACAGUAAAUAUGUGGGAGAUGCAUAUGAAAAAAGGGCUGCAAAGUUGAAGGAAGAUGUGAAAAUAAUCCUUGAGAAAGUAGCGGAUGAGGAUCCAUUGGAUGCACUUGAGAUGGUUGAUGACUUGCAAAGGCUUGGAGUGUUCUAUCACUUCAAGGAUGAGAUAGAGAGAGUACUUGAGAGAAUAUACAACAUGAAUGAUAAGUGCAACAAUGAGGAUUUGCAUGCUACAGCUCUCAAAUUUAGGCUUUUGAGGCAACAUGGGUACAAUGUCCCUCAAGGUACUUCAAUGAUUUCCUCACUCCAUAUAUGUAAAAAAUUUAAGGGUUAAUUACACUUAGCAACUCUUCACUUUCACCCUAAUCUCAUUUUAAUCCAUUCACUUUCAAUUAUGACAGUAAAUUCCUUACACUUUAAGUCAAGUUGCAGUAUCAAUCCAUUCGCCUAUCUACCGUUAUUAAGGUUGAUGA